AUGUUAAAAUUAGCUGACGAAAGGGAGAUUACGUGUCUAAACAUGGCCAUAAAUUUGAGGCUUACCCUCACUGAUCAAAGGACAACAGUUACAAAGGCGGUCGUCUGUAACACUUCGCCAGACUACGAUUUGAUAGUGGGGAUGGGGGAUUUGAUAUCGCUAAGUAUUACGGUUACCGGUUUACCAACGAACAGAGACCCACAGAAGGAUCAGUCAGAUGAUAAUUUGCUAAAGCCUGUGUAUAAGCCUCUUAGGACAGUGAGGGAGAUGAUACCUCAAUUCACGAAGAAGCUAAAGAAUCUUAUCUUUGAGAAUAACAAGAUCAAGAUUACCGACUGGGCUCAGUUCAAAUUCAACAAUGGAUACGUGGGUGUAAGAUUCGGUCUCUUACGGCGAUAUUAA